UUCACAAGCUAUGCAUUUCUGUCUGCCUAAGAGUAGACUCCCAUUUUCCCUCACUCCCACAAACCCUAGCAUGAUGCAGUAGUAUGUCAAUUAUAUUUUUUUUCUGAAGAUUUUGCAAAUGACCUUUUUGUGAAAAUAUCAAGGUAAACUUAGUGAGGACUAAUGUAACUGUAUUUGUAUUACUCUAGUUUUGAAUAAUGUCUUGACCAGGAGUUCCUCUGGGUUUCUCUUGUGUUGUAUUGUCUAGCUGUUGAAGGGUGAAUAAGUUAACUGAAUAUUCAAUGUAAUCAGCUAUGUGUUCUAUUCAGGUAAUCAUUCGAUCUGUAAAGUCACAUAGGUAUUUUGGAAGAUGUUGUGUUCAUUAUGAGAGAAGUUACAGUAAAGAGAUGAUGAAAUGAUAUUUUUUUGAGCUGAUGCACAAAAGUUUUUAUCAGGUACAGACGUUUCCUAGUACAUUGUUGUUUAGAAAUCCAGAGUACCUCUGGAGUGGUCCGAGUUGAAAUAUAAGACCUGAAUUCAGAGCUAAAAUACCUGGGCUUUCAAGAACUAAUGCAACUAAUUCAAUUUCUGUGUAGUGAUUUAAUAGAUUUUUAUAACGUAUUGAUCUGAACGUUAAGUUGUACCCACACACACACAAAUCACUUUCUUCCAUGUUUAAAGUAAAUUUUAAUGAGGAGGAGAUCAUGAAGGUACAGCAGAGUUGCAUAGAUUCUAACACUUUGUAUUUAAGAGCAAUUUCUCGGCAGGUAAUCCACAAUAGGUAGAACAUGCCCAUACAUUUGUUAUUAAUAAAAACCGGUGUGUUUUCAUGGUAUGAUGCAGCCACAAUGUCUUGGAGAUGGAAAUAGUCACACAACUGCUAAAAACGCUCAACUUUUAGUGAAACAGCACUUGUGUUUGAUUUCAGUAUGUCUCUUGGAAUUUCUGUAAGCUUUAGUAAUCUUGUUUUUAGAGCGCCAUUAUUUCAAAUUUCUGUAAUGUUUUGGGUUUGUUCUUCAAAGAAACACAUGGUAUGAUAUGUGUAUAUACAUAUAUGACUAUUCUUAUUGAUUUAUGUGGUUACAAAUAUAAAAUAUUCAUACCUUAAUAGAAACUAAAACCAGUCUUUAUUGAGUUAAGUUGUGAAUGUGGACACCAGGCUGCAGAAGUGAUUGAUGGUUUUCUUACCACGUGUAACAGCCUAACAGGAUUUCACAAAACCUUUGUUCACACACUUAAAAACUACCGGAGCAUUUCCUUAAAAUGAAGAGUGGAUAGUAUAACCUUAAACUGCUGCUUCAGAGAUACUGUCCUAAGUGUUGCUUCAAAAAAUAGGUGUGAAAUUCAAGGACUUCUAACAUUUUAUUUUUAUGAAUAAGCACUGUAUAUUGCAGUUGUAUAUAGAUUGACACAUGCUGUGUUCAUUUCUGUUGGGGCUUUUUUAACAAACUUUCCAACAUACACAUUGGAAGUAAGUUUAAUUAUAAAUUACAAUUCUAUUAUAUUUUUUUGUUUCUGACUGAAAAUUACCUGCAGGUAUAUUGAGAAGCAGUCACAGUCAGAUUUCACUAUUUAUUUUAUAACCUCCUAAACCUGCACUGCUGCCUUUUCCUGCUAAGGUCCCUGCCUGUUGUCACUAUUGCUUCCUUGCCCUCUAGUUUACUGGAGUGAACUCUGCAGCUCACCCAUGAUGUUGUGCAUCCCCUCUGAUGUGCCCGCUUUAGCUGUGUUGUAAUGUUGUUCAGGAGUGAAACCCUUAAAACACAGAUCCCAAGGCCACUGGGUUCUUGGCAGUGGCUGCUCCACCCUGCAGACCUGCUGCUUCUGGCAAGCUUUGCUUUACAGUGUGUCAUGUAGCCAUGGCCCCUGAUCCCUGUGUCCCUGGUGGGGGACCUGCUUUCCUACUACACCAAGGGGUUUCUCUGCUCCUCCACACAAUUGAGAUCCUGGAAAGAAGAGUUUGAGGGGGGACUGUUUAAACUGGGUACCAGUAAUCAAUGUCAUUUGUUGAAGAGGUAUAUUCAUGUCAUAUGCUGUGAGCAGUGUAAUUGAGGAAUAUACUAUUCUGUUGUGAGUAGCACUCUCCUGGUAUUUCUUCCCUCCUGCUCCUUUUUCUUAGGCAUGCUAAUUCCUCAAGAGGAAUUAUUCAUGGUCAAUGUACUUACUCCUGUAUCACCCCAGUAAUUUACUACAACUUCUCUGUUCCUCGUUCCCCUUUGAUUGGCCUCUCCAUGUAGUCAUAUAGCACAUAACACAAAGAUGGAUUGUAUGGCAUUCUCUGCUGGGGACAAUCAACGCUUAGAGCAGGCUCACUGCCAAGAUGCUCAUAAUUAAACUGUUGCUAUGGACAUGAUUACAUCAAUGUUUCUAUCAAUCAUUUGCUGCAGUUUUGUGGCUAUUUGUAUUUGGAUUUUUUUUCUAGGUUUUAGGUUUUAUCAUCCUUUUACUUAGUUUUCAGUUGAAGUGUCACAGCAUAUAGAGGGAGAUAUAAAUAAAAAUAAUUGUUGGAAGAUGUAAGGGAAGAAAAAAGAUAAGCCAAUUCUAUCAUUCAACAAUUGUGUUUGGAGCCAGUAUCUUUGUGAGGCGUUCACAGUAUUUCAACUAUUAGAAAUGGCCAGAUGCAGUCAUUUCCAUUCAGUGGUCAUCAUACUGUUGUGACCUAAGAGUCUGAUAUCAAACUGCCAUGAUAUAAUAACAGUCCGUACAGCCAGAGUGUUAGAAGUUUAGCUUAAAGUGCUGCAAAUUCAAUAAAAUAACAGAUGUCAUAGAAAAACAGCAGCAAAGCAGUUUUGCUUUGCAUUUUUCUUCUGUCCCCCAUCCCCUGUGAUUCAUGUGCAGUAAGUUGUGAGAUGGACUAAUGACAGAAUAGCAUGAAGUGCACUGAUGGAUUGGAACAGCUUGCUUGCUUGUGCUUCACCUGCUGCUGUAUCGUUGCUACUGUUAUCCCCUAUGACAAUGAUCUUGCAGCAAUUAAUUCCCUUUGGUAGCACUCAAAGUGUUUGGUGUUGGAGCUGCAUAGUGUGCAGUGCAUUAAAUGUGGAGAGGUGCAGGAUUGCAGCCAAAAUAAGGUAGUCUGAGUGGUAACAAAUGAUAUCAAGUGCAGCUGAGAUCACUGUAACGAGAUAAACAGUGUGGUGUCACAAAAUUGUCUCCCAGUUGACAAAAAGAUCCAUAUUUUAUAGAUUGCCUUAAAAAUUGAAGAAUGGAGUCAAUUAUAGCCAAUUAUGAUGCUACAUUUACUGGAGUAGUUUUUAUAUCCUGUGGGGAGAAAUAAGGAAAUGUUCAAGGCAGUCAGAAAAAGCUUUUGCAUUUGCUUCCCUGUUUUAUCUGAACAGAGUUUUUUCCCAUUUCUUCAGGUGAAAACUGUAUGAAAGCUGGGAAUGUAGUAUCUUUAGGAAAAAGGUUUGAGGUUUUUUUUAGUUAUUCACUUCUUCAUGUUGCACAAAAUAUUAUGAUAAUAUGGCAAAUAGAAGAAGAAAAUCGAACAUCAGCUCCCCCUAGUUAUGUCUGGGUUUACUAUAAUGGAAUUGUAAAGGCAGCCUCGUCAUGGCAAAGCCUGCUUAGUUCAUAGUGACAUGUUGAAUUUGACUUGUUUCUUUCCCAAAAAGGAGCUUUCAUGUCACUGAAGAAACACCAAGUAAAUACUGCAUAUUUUCGUCUUCAGUCUGUUGAAGUGAAAAUAAAGGAGUGAGACCAUGAAAUGGUUUGCUCAAUUGUGCUCAGUGCUCAAUUGCAACCCACAGUUGCUUUUUAGUGAAUAGAUGUAAAAUGGGAUAAAAAAGCAGUGUAUUGAAGAUGGACAGACGGACAUGCAUGUUCUUAAGAGAUCUGAGAGAUUGCCUAAAUGGCUGGGAGGCAAGCAUUUAUUUAAUGGCAUUUACUCUGUCAUUUAGAUUAUCUCCCGCUUCUCUUUGGAUUCCCAAGAAGCGUGUUGGGGAGCUGCGCAUCCCGCGUAGCUUGUGCUGUAGUACUGACCAUGAGGAGUAGUUUCCCUUCCCUAGCAAAGCAUGCUCUUGGUAAUUAGCAGAAGAUUCAGAUAUGUAGGCAAAGGUGUAUUGAGAGAUGAAAGCUGACAAUAAACAGGUUGUGCGGGUAAUGUUUCAAAGUGCCACCCUUCUCCUGUGCUCAGGAUUUCAUUCACCAGCUAACUUCAGAGGGUGACCUAGUACAUGUGCCAAUGACAAAAGCUACUUGUAACAAUUCAGAUCAUGCUUUCUGCUUUAUGAAAUGGGAUUGUUAAAAUCCUCUCAAAAAUGACAUCUGAAAUAGCAUUAAAAUGCAAUUUCCCUUUGAUAAGGUUUUAAGGCACUCAUAUGAAAAGUGACACUACUUUGAGUAGCUCUAUGUCAGCAUUAUGCAAUGUGUUGCACAUAAGUGACAUUAAUCCAUUAGGGGUGUGAGGGUCACUUAUUUUUCUCAUGAAAUCAUUAAAUACCUUUAUUGAUUUCUGUUCAAUCAGUUGCAUUCUACUCAAAUACAGCAAUCUCUAGACAUGCUAAUAGAGCUGUUUCUAAUAAUGUUCAUAAGCCACAGUUUUAAUGACAGAUAUUGCACUCAAAAUAAAUUAACAUGCCUAAGUAAAACACAAAGGAGCUUAGGGAAGCAAUAAUAUUGUGCUAUUUGCAAAUUACCUGAGCCCACUUUAUUGCAAAAAAGAUGAUUUUGUGACACAGAUAUUCUAAAAUUAUUAAUUAACCAUCGUCAGUACAUUCUUUGCUUUUUCUAUUUGUACAAAAUUAAUUUAUGUAUGUUUGGACUGCUUCUGUUGCAUGAUGAUAAAGCAUCUUUUAAAAAUCACAUGCAAACCUGGAAGCCCUGUCAUAGUAAACAUAAAAUCUGUAGUACUAGCUUUUAUGCUGAAGGCUGUUUAAAACUUGGAUCAUAACAAAUGCUGUAUGCUGGGAUGGCAUGUACUUUCUGUAUUACUAGAUUAUUUUGUCAUAGGAAGCAGUGUGAGUGUAUGGAAAGCUAGUAGAUCAAAUACAAGUAAGAGUACCUUUCUUCAUUUUUUUAAUGACGGAACUGAUCUCUUAGGAGGAAGUACGUGAGACUCAAUGAAAUAUAACAGGUGCUGAAUGAAUGGAUGCAUACUAGACAAAGGAAAAAAAGUAAGUAAUUUUCUGUCCUUCCUGCUUGGAUGCUAUCCUAAUGACUUUUUAUCUUGACAGUUGGCCUGAGCUUGUUUCCUUUCCUUACAGAUAACUUCAGAUGUAUUUUCUAGGUGAUGGAAGACUUGUGAUAGUCUUGUUAAUUUUUUCAGUUAUUUGAUAUUGUAGUUGUUGCUUUUUACCACCCCUCUUCUUGCAUUUUUCCCUUUGGAUGCAAACAGUUCUUCAGAGUAAAUUGCCAGUUUUACCCUGAGCAUAGCAAAAGCAGACUGGUACAUUUAUCUCUGCGUCUGAAACGUGAAGUUUUUGCUUCCAAGCAGUGAAUUGCUUCCUGCUGAGGAAUUACUGUUUGGGUUUUUGAGUUUCUUCACUAGGAGCCUUAAGGGACUCUGACAGGUCUUGUCGAAUAGCGUUGGUCAUCCUUGUCUCAGACACCAAAUGGUGCCAAGUGCUGGCAAGUUUAUUGCAUUGUGUCUGGAGAAGCUGUUGUUCACUCAGCAUUUUCUUCAUAGGAUGCCUGCCCGAUUUCAUUGAAGGAAACCUGAGCAAGGCUGUGUUAUUAAUGAAUUAUGACAAGCCUUUUGCCUGUCAGGCAGAGAGGUUCCUGCUAUCUCCUUUUAAGACAAAAACAUAAUGGAAGAUGCUCAGCUGGGCAAGCUCUGAUGAUACUCCUUAAGUGCUCAUCCCCGGCUGAUGCGAAUACGCAGAGAGCCGUGAAGCUGCAAGUGGCAGCGUUUAAUACCAUCUCCCUCAUAAUGCCUGAAUAAUUUUCCGGAUAGCGAUCGCCGCAGCUGCCGUGAACGUGGUUAUUUGUUUGUUUUUCACCUUGUCCUGGCGGACUGCUGACCGAGCUGAUCUGCUGCCGCGGGGGGGACGCGGCGGCGUUUCCUCGCUCGCGGCUCCGGCCGCUCCUGAGCGCGGCGGGAUCGGCAGCCGGAGCUCCCGGAGCCCGGCACGCUUCCAUGGGCUGGCUCCCGGGGCCGCGCUGCGAGGGGAGCUGAGCAAUGCUGGAGAAGGAUGGGAAGGUGGCAGUGAGGGAGCCGGCUUAUGCUUUUCUUAAUGGAUGUUUGUGAGCGGGAAGGAGAUGGCGUGGGCUGUCGGGGUCCUCCCAUGCCAUCCUCCUCAUCUAGUCCAUCAGUUACUGAACAUUUACACUCCCCUCCUCCAUCACCCAAUCUCCAUGACAACCAGAGGUGGUUAUUAAGUAAUAAUGCCAGCCAGCCAGUUCAGGACUCUGAUACAGAUGAGGACUAUACUGCCGGCUCAUAUCUAGUACAGACCAGUGAUAAUCCAGUAUCUGUCCCAGGUCAUGAACAACCUCCAAAUAACCAAGGCCAGUCGACCCUGCAGCCUUUGCCACCUUCUCACAAGCAACAUUCAGCACAGCAUCACCCAUCCAUCACCUCACUUAACAGAAACUCACUGACAAAUAGGAGGAAUCAGAGUCCGGCCCCGCCGGCUGCUUUGCCCGCCGAGCUGCAAACCACACCUGAGUCAGUCCAGCUGCAGGACAGCUGGGUGCUUGGCAGUAAUGCACCUCUGGAAAGCAGAGAAUUAGAAAGUCAAGCAGUCCUUGCAAAUGGUCAUGACAACCUUAUAGAGAUGGAUGUGUUUUCUCCAACAUAUCACGAUAGCAGUUAUGGGCAUUUCCUAUUCAAAACAGGAACAGGGACCACUCCGCUGUUCAGCACUGCAACACCAGGGUACACAAUGGCAUCCGGCUCUGUUUAUUCCCCUCCCACUCGGCCACUACCUAGGAACACCCUAUCCAGAAGUGCUUUUAAAUUCAAGAAGUCUUCAAAGUACUGUAGCUGGAAAUGUACUGCACUCUGUGCUGUAGGGGUCUCAGUGCUGCUGGCAAUACUGCUGUCCUACUUUAUAGCAAUGCAUCUGUUUGGCCUCAACUGGCAGUUGCAGCAGACUGAAAAUGAUACAUUUGAGAAUGGAAAAGUGAAUUCUGAUACUGUGCCAACACAUCCUGUAACAGUUCCUGCUGGAGACAGUGGAAAAUUAGGAGGAUUUGCACAAGAAAACAACACCAUAGAUUCUGGAGAACUUGAUAUAGGCCGAAGAGCAAUACAAGAAGUGCCCCCUGGGAUUUUUUGGAGAUCACAACUCUUCAUUGAUCAGCCACAAUUUCUAAAAUUCAAUAUAUCCCUUCAGAAAGAUGCAUUGAUUGGAGUAUAUGGUCGAAAAGGCUUACCACCUUCUCACACUCAGUAUGACUUUGUGGAGCUCCUGGAUGGCAGCCGGCUGAUUGCGAGGGAGCAACGCAACCUGCUGGAGUCGGAGCGAGCAGGACGGCAGGCGAGGUCUGUCAGUCUCCACGAGGCAGGUUUUAUCCAGUAUUUGGAUUCUGGCAUCUGGCACCUGGCCUUUUAUAAUGAUGGGAAAAAUGCAGAGCAGGUGUCUUUUAAUACCAUAAUUAUAGAGUCUGUGGUGGAAUGCCCCCGAAAUUGCCAUGGUAAUGGUGAAUGUGUUUCUGGAUCCUGCCAUUGUUUUCCCGGGUUUCUGGGCCCCGAUUGUUCAAGAGCAGCCUGCCCGGUGCUGUGCAGUGGCAAUGGGCAGUACUCCAAAGGACGCUGCCUGUGCUACAGUGGCUGGAAGGGCACUGAGUGUGACGUGCCUACGAGUCAGUGUAUCGAUCCCCAGUGUGGGGGACGGGGCAUUUGCAUCAUGGGCUCUUGUGCCUGCAACUCUGGGUACAAAGGAGAAAACUGUGAAGAAGCGGAUUGCUUGGACCCAGCCUGUUCCAGCCACGGGGUGUGCAUCCACGGCGAGUGCCACUGCAACCCGGGCUGGGGGGGCAACAACUGUGAAAUCCUGAAGACAAUGUGCUCUGACCAGUGCUCUGGUCAUGGCACCUACCUUCAAGAGAGUGGUAGCUGCACCUGUGAUCCCAACUGGACAGGUCCAGAUUGCUCCAAUGAGAUGUGUUCCGCGGACUGCGGCGCGCACGGCGUGUGCGUGGGCGGCGCGUGUCGCUGCGAGGAGGGCUGGACGGGCACGGCCUGCAACCAGCGCGCCUGCCACCCGCGCUGCGCUGAGCACGGCACCUGUAAGGACGGCAAGUGUGAAUGUAGCCAGGGAUGGAACGGAGAGCACUGUACCAUUGCUCACUAUUUGGAUAAGAUAGUGAAAGCAGACAAGAUAGGAUAUAAAGAGGGCUGCCCUGGUUUGUGCAACAGCAAUGGGAGAUGCACACUGGACCAAAAUGGCUGGCACUGUGUCUGCCAGCCAGGAUGGAGGGGAGCAGGUUGUGAUGUAGCCAUGGAAACUCUCUGCACCGACAGUAAGGACAAUGAAGGAGAUGGGCUAGUUGACUGUAUGGAUCCUGACUGCUGUUUGCAGAGUUCUUGCCAAAACCAGCCUUAUUGUCGUGGACUGCCCGAUCCCCAAGAUAUCAUCAGCCAAAGCCAACAGUCGCCAUCUCAGCAAGCUGCCAAAGCGUUUUAUGACCGGAUCAGUUUCCUCAUCGGAGCAGACAGCACCCAUGUCAUACCUGGGGAAAGCCCUUUCAACAAGAGUCUUGCAUCUGUCAUAAGAGGCCAAGUAUUAACUGCUGAUGGAACACCACUCAUUGGAGUCAAUGUUUCCUUCCUACACUAUCCAGACUAUGGUUAUACAAUCACUCGCCAGGAUGGAAUGUUUGACUUGGUAGCCAAUGGUGGUGCCUCUCUGACACUGGUGUUUGAGCGAUCACCGUUCCUGACACAGUAUCACACAGUUUGGAUUCCCUGGAAUGUCUUUUAUGUCAUGGACACCCUUGUCAUGAAGAAGGAAGAGAAUGACAUUCCCAGUUGUGAUCUAAGUGGAUUUGUAAGGCCAAACCCUGUUAUCGUGUCAUCGCCUUUAUCCACUUUCUUUAGAAUUUCUCCUGAAGAUAGUCCCAUCAUCCCAGAGACACAGGUACUUCAUGAAGAAACAACAAUACCAGGGACUGAUUUGAAGUUAUCAUACUUGAGCUCCAGGGCUGCAGGAUAUAAAUCUGUACUGAAGAUUACUAUGACCCAAUCUGUUAUACCAUUUAAUUUAAUGAAGGUUCACCUUAUGGUGGCAGUGGUGGGAAGACUUUUCCAGAAAUGGUUCCCUGCAUCCCCAAAUCUAGCAUACACCUUCAUAUGGGAUAAAACUGAUGCAUACAAUCAGAGAGUCUAUGGAUUAUCUGAAGCUGUCGUGUCUGUAGGUUACGAGUAUGAGUCUUGCUUGGAUCUGACUCUCUGGGAAAAGCGCACUGCCAUUUUGCAGGGUUAUGAGCUGGAUGCCUCCAACAUGGGUGGUUGGACGUUGGAUAAGCAUCACGUAUUGGACGUUCAGAAUGGAAUCCUCUACAAAGGGAAUGGUGAAAAUCAAUUUAUAUCUCAGCAACCCCCAGUUGUUAGUAGCAUUAUGGGCAACGGGAGACGACGCAGCAUCUCCUGCCCAAGCUGCAAUGGUCAAGCUGAUGGUAAUAAAUUGCUGGCUCCAGUUGCCUUAGCUUGUGGGAUAGAUGGCAGUCUGUACGUGGGGGAUUUCAACUACGUUCGGCGGAUAUUCCCAUCUGGAAAUGUAACUAGUGUUCUGGAGCUAAGAAAUAAAGAUUUUAGACAUAGCAACAACCCAGCUCACAGAUACUACCUGGCAACCGACCCCGUGACGGGAGAUUUGUACGUUUCCGACACAAACACCCGCAGGAUUUAUCGGCCCAAGUCGCUCACCGGUGCGAAAGACCUCACCAAAAAUGUUGAGGUUGUAGGAGGAACGGGGGAGCAGUGCCUGCCGUUUGAUGAGGCAAGGUGUGGUGAUGGAGGCAAGGCGGUGGAGGCAACUCUCAUGAGCCCUAAAGGAAUAGCAAUAGACAAGAAUGGGUUAAUCUACUUUGUUGAUGGGACCAUGAUCAGAAAAGUGGAUCAGAAUGGAAUAAUAUCGACUUUGCUUGGCUCCAAUGACCUUACUUCAGCACGACCUCUAACCUGUGAUACCAGCAUGCACAUCAGCCAGGUUCGUCUGGAAUGGCCUACAGAUUUAGCUAUCAACCCAAUGGAUAACUCCAUUUAUGUUUUGGAUAACAACGUGGUUCUGCAGAUCACUGAAAACCGUCAGGUUCGCAUUGCUGCAGGGAGGCCGAUGCACUGCCAGGUGCCCGGGGUGGAGUACACGGUGGGCAAACACGCCGUCCAGACCACGCUGGAGUCGGCCACCGCCAUCGCCGUGUCCUACAGCGGCGUGCUUUACAUUACAGAAACUGACGAGAAAAAGAUAAAUAGGAUAAGACAGGUCACAACUGAUGGAGAGAUCUCUUUAGUUGCUGGAAUACCCUCGGAGUGUGAUUGCAAAAAUGAUGUGAACUGUGACUGUUACCAAAAUGGAGAUGGCUAUGCUAAAGAUGCCAAACUUAAUGCCCCUUCCUCCUUAGCUGUGUCUCCAGAUGGCACCCUGUAUAUUGCUGACCUGGGAAACAUUAGGAUACGGGCUGUGUCAAAGAACAAACCCUUAAUGAAUUCAAUGAACUUUUAUGAAGUUGCUUCUCCAACUGACCAAGAGCUGUAUAUCUUUGAUGUCAAUGGUACUCACCAGUACACUGUGAGUUUAGUCACCGGAGACUACCUGUACAAUUUCAGCUACAGUAAUGACAAUGACAUUACCGCGGUAACGGACAGCAACGGGAAUACUCUUCGGAUCAGGCGGGAUCCCAACCGAAUGCCAGUAAGAGUGGUCUCUCCUGAUAACCAAGUCAUCUGGCUGACCAUAGGCACCAAUGGGUGUUUGAAAAGCAUGACUGCACAAGGGCAGGAGCUGGUCUUAUUUACCUACCAUGGCAACAGUGGACUUCUGGCAACUAAAAGCGAUGAGACUGGAUGGACCACUUUUUUUGACUAUGAUAGCGAGGGCCGUCUAACAAAUGUUACAUUCCCAACUGGAGUCGUCACUAACCUUCAUGGGGAAAUGGAAAGGGCCAUUACAGUGGACAUUGAGUCAUCCAGCAGAGAGGAAGAUGUCAGCAUCACUUCCAACUUAUCAUCGAUCGAUUCUUUCUAUACCAUGGUUCAAGAUCAGUUAAGAAAUAGCUACCAGAUCGGGUAUGAUGGCUCACUGAGAAUCCUGUACGCCAGCGGCCUGGACUCACACUACCAGACAGAGCCACAUGUCUUGGCUGGCACUGCCAACCCAACCAUGGCAAAGAGAAACAUGACCCUGCCAGGGGAGAACGGGCAGAACCUGGUGGAGUGGCGAUUCCGGAAAGAGCAGGCCCAAGGAAAAGUCAAUGUCUUUGGCCGAAAGCUUAGGGUUAAUGGCAGAAACCUCCUUUCAGUUGACUUUGAUCGAACCACAAAGACAGAAAAGAUCUACGAUGACCACCGUAAAUUCCUGCUGAGGAUUGCCUACGACACAUCAGGGCACCCCACCCUGUGGCUCCCGAGCAGCAAGCUGAUGGCUGUCAAUGUUACCUAUUCAUCCACAGGUCAAAUAGGCAGCAUACAGAGAGGCACGACUAGUGAAAAAAUAGAGUAUGAUGGACAGGGAAGGAUAGUGUCUAGAGUGUUUGCUGAUGGGAAAACCUGGAGUUACACAUACUUGGAAAAGUCAAUGGUUCUUCUGCUCCAUAGCCAACGGCAGUAUAUCUUCGAAUAUGAUUUGUUGGAUCGGCUUUCCGCUGUCACCAUGCCCAGCGUUGCUCGUCAUACCAUGCAGACUAUCCGCUCCAUCGGCUAUUACCGGAAUAUAUACAACCCCCCGGAAAGCAAUGCUUCUGUUAUAAUGGACUACAACGAGGAAGGGCAGCUCCUUCAAACUGCUUUCCUGGGGACAAGCCGGAGAGUAUUAUUCAAGUACAGACGGCAGACCAAGCUCUCAGAAAUUUUAUAUGAUAGUACAAGAGUUAGUUUUACUUAUGAUGAGACAGCAGGAGUCCUGAAAACAGUAAACCUCCAAAGCGAUGGUUUUAUCUGCACCAUUAGAUACAGACAAAUUGGCCCGUUGAUUGACAGACAGAUUUUCCGCUUUAGUGAGGACGGAAUGGUAAAUGCCCGAUUUGACUACAGCUAUGACAAUAGCUUCAGAGUGACUAGCAUGCAAGGUGUCAUCAAUGAAACCCCAUUGCCUAUCGAUCUCUACCAGUUUGACGAUAUCUCUGGCAAAGUUGAACAGUUUGGAAAAUUUGGAGUUAUAUAUUAUGAUAUUAACCAGAUCAUUUCAACAGCUGUAAUGACCUACACAAAACACUUCGAUGCACAUGGGCGCAUCAAGGAAAUUCAGUAUGAAAUAUUUCGGUCAUUAAUGUAUUGGAUUACAAUUCAGUAUGACAACAUGGGACGAGUGACGAAAAGAGAAAUUAAGAUUGGGCCGUUCGCCAACACCACAAAAUAUGCUUACGAAUAUGAUGUAGAUGGCCAGCUCCAGACAGUGUAUCUGAAUGAAAAAAUAAUGUGGCGAUACAACUAUGACCUGAAUGGCAACCUGCACUUGCUCAACCCCAGCAGCAGCGCCCGUUUGACACCACUUCGGUACGACCUGCGAGACAGAAUAACUCGACUGGGAGAUGUACAGUACAGGUUAGAUGAAGAUGGAUUUCUGCGUCAGAGGGGUACUGAAAUCUUUGAAUACAGUUCAAAGGGCCUUCUUACUAGAGUUUAUAGCAAAGGCAGUGGGUGGACAGUGAUUUACCGUUAUGAUGGACUUGGACGACGAGUUUCCAGUAAAACUAGCCUUGGGCAGCACCUCCAGUUCUUUUACGCAGACCUUACCUACCCAACCAGGAUAACUCAUGUAUAUAACCACUCAAGCUCUGAAAUCACAUCUCUAUACUAUGAUCUGCAAGGACAUCUUUUUGCCAUGGAAAUUAGCAGUGGAGAUGAGUUUUACAUUGCAUCAGACAAUACAGGGACACCACUGGCUGUUUUCAGUAGCAACGGUCUCAUGCUUAAACAAAUUCAAUACACUGCCUAUGGAGAGAUCUAUUUUGACUCUAACCUUGACUUCCAGCUGGUAAUUGGGUUCCACGGAGGCUUAUACGACCCACUGACCAAACUAGUCCACUUUGGAGAAAGAGAUUAUGACAUACUGGCAGGCCGGUGGACAACACCUGAUAUUGAAAUCUGGAAGAGAAUCGGGAAGGAUCCAGCUCCUUUUAAUUUGUACAUGUUUAGAAAUAACAACCCAGCCAGUAAAAUACACGAUGUGAAGGAUUAUAUCACAGAUGUUAACAGCUGGCUGGUGACUUUUGGCUUCCAUCUGCACAAUGCCAUCCCUGGCUUCCCUGUUCCAAAAUUUGAUUUAACAGAACCUUCUUAUGAACUUGUGAAGAGCCAGCAAUGGGAAGACAUACCACCAAUUUCUGGAGUGCAACAACAAGUGGCAAGACAAGCAAAGGCUUUCCUUUCCCUGGGAAAGAUGGCAGAAGUGCAGGUCAGCAGACGGAAAUCCAGUGGAGAAAAGUCAUGGCUGUGGUUUGCCACGGUGAAGUCUCUGAUUGGCAAAGGGGUGAUGCUCGCUGUCAAUCAAGGCAAAGUGCAAACAAACGUGCUCAACAUUGCUAAUGAGGACUGCAUCAAAGUGGCAGCUGUUUUGAACAACGCUUACUACCUAGAAAACUUGCAUUUCACUGUGGAGGGAAAGGACACGCACUAUUUUAUCAAGACCACCUCCCCUGAGAGUGACCUUGGGACACUGAGGCUGACAAGUGGGCGGAAGGCCCUGGAGAACGGCAUAAAUGUCACCGUUUCCCAGUCCACCACGGUGGUGAACGGCAGGACUCGUAGGUUUGCUGAUGUUGAAAUGCAAUACGGUGCUCUAGCGCUUCACGUCCGCUAUGGCAUGACACUUGAUGAGGAAAAGGCCCGGAUACUGGAGCAAGCCAGGCAAAGAGCUCUUUCCAGUGCCUGGGCCAGAGAACAACAGAGAGUCAGAGAUGGAGAGGAAGGCGCCAGGUUGUGGACAGAAGGAGAAAAGAGGCAGUUGCUAAGUGCUGGAAAGGUACAAGGAUACGAUGGGUACUAUGUACUCUCUGUGGAGCAAUAUCCAGAAUUAGCAGACAGCGCUAACAAUAUACAGUUCCUCAGACAAAGUGAGAUAGGAAAGAGGUAACACACUGGCUUAGCUCAGGCUGCCAAAGAGACUGUAUACCAGUGUCUUCUAAAAAGGAGACUAAACUGUUUUGCUGCAUUACUACUUGAGCCUAAGCUUACAUCUUUGCUCAGAUUUUUUCUGUAGCACAAUCCAGACUCUGUAACAAAAAGAGCGCCUUCCAGAAGAAUGAUACUGCUAAUGACAAAACUUUUUUUUUCUCAAUGACCUUAAAGGUGAUCUGCUUUAAAGAAUAUGUUUACAUAUGCAUAUCGCUGCACUCAAGUUGGACUGAAAAGUAUUUAAAAAAAAGAAGAAAAAAAGAAAAUAAAAAGACCUACAGAUUUUGCAACAGGCUGUUCCUUUGAGGCACUGUAUUUAAUUAAGAUACAGACCUAUACAGUGUUUCCAAAUAGUACUGAAUUGCUGACCUUUGCUUAUGAGAAGUAGUCUCUCUCUUUCUCUCUCUCUCUCUCUCUUUUUCUCUCUCUUUCUCACUGCAUAGGAUGUGGUAUAUAUCUGUUAAUUUUAAAACAUGGGGCAAAAAUUACUGUUUAUAGACAACCCAACUGCAUUAAACUGUGCUGCUUUCUAAAAGGACAUUGGCACAAGUGACUUAUGCUACCAUGGGAAUUUAAUAAUGGAUUUUACAAUGCUAACAUGGUUUGCCUUGGGGGGAAAAUGGCAAGUAGAAUCCUUGUUACAUAUAAGCAAAGGAAACCCUGAUUUUUUUGUAAAUUAUGUGAGACAAGUUGUUUAUGGAUUUUUAUAUGAAUUACAAUUUACUGUACAUCAAAUAUUAGUCUCAGAGGAGUUAAUUUAUGUAAAGUGUUUAAAAAAAGUUUAUACUUAAAAAUAAAAUGAUAAAAACA